AUGUCUCAACCAUUUAUCCUAACCCUCCGCCUUGACGCCGCCUCCGAAAAACUCCUCACUGCUCUCCGGGCCCGCUAUUUUCCUUCUUCUCGCAACUACCUCUCUGCACACAUAACUCUCUUCCAUGCCCUUCCCUCUUCCCAGCAUUCUCUUUAUAAAUCCGCUAUCUCUUCUCUCUCAUCACGAGAACAAAAAUUCAAAGUCGGUAUUAAAGAUCCUUUUCCAUUGGGAAAAAAAGGUGUAGCGCUCAAUAUUGCAUCCUUCAAAUUACGGAAGAUUCAUGAAGAAUUACUAGGAGAGUUUAGAGAAAAGGGUGUUAAAUUGACGGAACAGGAUGAUAGAAAAAUUAGACCACAUGUUACGGUGCAAAAUAAGGUUGGAGAGGAGGAGGCAAAGAGGACGUUGGAGGAGGUGAAGGGGGAGUGGAUGAUGCAUGGGGAUGGAAAUGGGGGGAUAGGGGGGAUGGCCGAGGCGAUCAGUUUGUGGAGGUAUGAGGUUAGUGGGGAGUGGACGCACUUAGAGGAUUAUGAGUUUGCGUAA